AUGAUAAAUAUUCCACAUCUGCAAUUUGGACAAUUUGGAGAUUGUGAAAUUUGGUAUGACAAAAUAUUUUUACCUGCUUUAAAAAUUAUUAAUUGUCCUAAUGAUAUUUUGCAACAUUACCCUGCUUCUUUUAAAUCUUAUCGUCUCAAAUCAAAAAGUAAAACCCAAAUAUUUUCUUCAUAUCCUCUUCAUCAAACAUAUUUAUCUAAUCUUACAAAUGCUAUAAACAAUAUAAUUGAUUCAACUCCUAAUUUACUCAAAUAUAAAAAUUUUUUUUUCCACAUUUAUUCUAAAAACCUCAAACUUUUUACUAAAUUUUCAAAUAAUUCUGAAUUACAAAAAUCUUUAGAUUUUAUUUUUAAAAAUUUUUCAAUGAAUCCAAAUUCUGAUUGGCAAAAUUCUAUUAAAUUAGAUUUCGGUAUUGAAUUUAUUUCUCCUGAUACUACUUCUUUUAAUUCUAUUUAUUGGAAAAGAAACACUGUUAUAAAUCUUUUAUAUGGAAUUGGUGUUACUUUUUUAACUAAUCUUACAAAUUCAAGAAUCAAUAAUUGGGCCUAUACUUACGAUAUCUCUGAAGUCUUUACAUCUUCAAUACAAACACUUUUAGCAGAUUUAAAUGAAACAGAUGCUGUAUAUAACUUUGAAAAAGUUCAAAAUGCUUGCACUAAUUCAUUUGAUUUAUUUAAUGAAAAUAUUAAUAUGAAUUAUGGAGCAAGAUUAGAAUAUAGAAUUAGUUAUUCUAUUUUAAAUAAUUUUUUAACCAUAUUAUUAAAUAAAUUACCUAAUUUUCUUAAUUCUAAUCCUUUUUAUAUUAUCCCAACUCAGGAUAUGUUAAAAUUUAAAACUGCAAAACUUAAAACUCUUUUAAAUACCUACAAUCAUUCUUUGAAUAUUUCAUUACCACAACUUACAGAAAAUCACAAACAUUUUAGAAUUUGUUUAGUUAUUUUAAUGAAAUCAAUUAACCAAAAUAUUAAUGCAAUACCUUUUGUUAAGCAAUAUUUUGGUGAUUCAAAUUAUGACAAUGCAAAUAAUGUUGGAACUUUAGAAUUAUACCAAAUUAUAGAAAAAUCUAAUGUAGCUUGGUUAUUACCAGAUAUCUUUGAUAUUGAUAAUUGUAUUAUUAAUAUACCUUUACAAGAUAAUCAACAACAAUUAUCAACAAGAAUUACUUCUCCUACAUAUAAAAAUAUUACUCCUGAAGAAGAAAAUCAACUUAAAAAUUUAAUUGAUAUUAUUAAAGUUACAAAUAGAUUUGAUGAUCAAAUGAAUUUGUUG